AUGGCGAGGUACGAUAGGGCCAUUACAGUUUUUUCUCCCGACAACCAGCUCUUCCAGGUCGAGUAUGCCCUCGAAGCCGUGAGAAAGGGUAACGCCGCCGUCGGCCUCCGUGGUACCGACACCAUCGUUCUCGGUGUCAAGAAGAAGUCCACUGCCAAGCUUCAGGACUCCAGGAUUUUGAUUGGGUUUGCACAUAUUGGGAUUCAGGUUCAGGGGUCUCUUCUAAGGUGUCCACUUACUGAUCAAACUCUCAAUGAGAAUUUAAGGUAUGUUUGUUCUCAUAGGAUGGGGCUUAUAUCAGAUGAACUCUAUGAGAAAUAUGAUGUUGACAUAGCAGCAAAGGCAAAUGUCCUUGGCAUCCAAGUUGGGUGUGGAUUCAGGCCUAAGAUUCUAUGUAGGAGAUGA